GGACACGCGUGUCGGUGGGUGGAUCGACUAGCAACAACCGCGAGAAUGGCCGCGACGUUGUUGGGAUAAACAGCGCGGAUACAAAAUGAACGGAAAAUAAUUUUAAUAAACGAGAGAUAAGCCGAGGAGAGCGUUUACCGAUGGCAUUCAUCCCAAUUGGCUCGAUAGAGGACUAUCGGCGUUGCUUGCGUUUCGUAAGCUGCCGCGACAGCUGUACGACUGAUUAGAUUUUGGAGGUGAAAGUAGAAUUUCGUCAUUCCUCUGUUUCACGCCAUUUGUUUCUCAUUUGGUAGUGCAAUUAACGAGGGAACCUUUAGGCGUCGCGGAAAAAGAUACAAUCGCUAGACAUUUCAGGUCUGCCUCUGUACCUGCGAAGAUACGAAUUUGCAUAAACAUCUGCGGACUAAUAAUAAGGUAACGCGAUCCAGCUCGAAUCACGUGGUUGGUAUGAGUUUAUCGCAACUAUUUGCGCACUCGAUAUAGGCCCGAUACGAGUACAUGAGUGGGGAGGUGGCAACAAAGUCGUGGAGGUUCCUAUUCGUGAACAUCACUGGCCCAGAGAUAUCACUGCGAAGCCACUUGCGUUAGUUUGUCGCGCUCCAUCGUCUAAAGCAGUCGCAGCGGAUAGCAGAGCAAUUUUCCUCGUUUAGGCUACCUACCUACGUCAACCAUGAGAAUUAAUUCCAUCGUACCCAACUUCAGCGCGGACACCACCGAGGGCCCCAUCGACUUCUACGAGUGGCAAGGAGAUUCAUGGGUAGUUUUGUUCUCCCACCCUGCCGACUUCACCCCGGUAUGCACCACCGAGCUGGGACGUUUGGCAGUCCAUCAGCCCCAUUUCGAAAGUCGGAACACGAAACUUCUGGCUCACUCCGUGGACCAACUGCAGGACCACGUCGACUGGGUUAACGAUAUUAAAUCUUACUGCCGAGACAUCCCCGGCGCCUUCCCUUAUCCAAUCAUCGCGGAUCACGAUCGGACACUGGCGGUGAAAUUGGACAUGAUCGACGAGGACGGUAAGGACGACCCAGAAAAAGCCAUGACAGUUCGAGCGCUCUACAUCAUCAGCCCUGAUCAUCGUCUGCGUUUGUCCAUGCACUAUCCAACGUCCACUGGUCGCAACGUUGAUGAGAUACUCCGAGUCAUUGACUCGCUGCAGCUGGUCGAUAGGAAGCCAGAAAUUGCUACUCCCGCCAACUGGGUGCCUGGCGAGAAAGUGAUGAUUUUACCAACUGUAAAGGACGAAGAAAUCCCUAAACUCUUCCCUGGCGGUGUGGACAGAGUCACAAUGCCUUCUGGGAAGGUCUACGUGCGCACAACCACGGAUUAUUAAGCGAAAACACGAUGAUUCCAAACACGAUCUUCGACUGAACGAAUAACGCAUCGAUCAUCGGUGAACGAUUAGCAAUUAAGUAACGCGUUGCCUUCCAUACUUUUUGUGACGAUAUCGCUACAUCGCUGAUAAACACGAUUACGUAAGACACGGGUUUCCUGUAAAUCUGGUUCCGAUUUGAAAUUAGAGUAUGCACAACGAGACGGUGUCGAGUUUCGCACGAAUACGUGCGCACAAUAUUUACCAAAUUUAUUGUAGCCAGAUAACAUUUACUCUCGCUGGUGUGGCAAAUUUUGUAUCUAAAUAAGAAUUUCAAAUAUCGAGUAAAAGAUGAAAAAUCAAUAUUUUUAAAGACAAA